AUGUUCAGUCGGUCAGGGGUCACCGUUACCGACUACGCCAGCAUGAUGGAUGUAUGGAAGAGCUGCUUUAGUCCCUCGGAGAAAGACGAAAGUAUCUCUAGCCCUCAGCCCUCGUCGGUUUGUGAUGAGAAGUAUGCAGACUAUGAGAUCAACGUCCAAGAAUCUGAACCAGCAGUGCCAGCCACGGGAGCUGCCAAAAUUGAAGCUGUUGAGGCAGUGGGGGGCCGUAAAGGACGAUACUUAUUAUACGCGGGAUUGGCCAUGAUCAUGACUAUCUAUGAACUGGAUACUUCUACUGUGGGCACGUAUCGAAACUUUGCGACAUCGGACUUUGACCAACUGUCUAUGCUGGCUACGCUGAAUACUGCGGCCAGCAUCAUUUCCGCUGUCUGCAAACCUCCCAUUGCGAAGCUAUCUGAUGUACUCGGACGGGCAGAGGCGUACAUUCUUACGCUGGCUUGCUAUAUCGUCUCCUACACCCUCUGUGCGUCGUCCAAAAAUUUCGAUACCUAUGCCGGGGGCUAUGUAUUGUACUCCGUAGGUCAGGCAGGGACAGCCAUUCUCAACGCUACCGUAAUAUCUGAUAUCUCGUCCAUGCGGUGGAGAGGUUUCGUCUACAACAUCCUCUAUGUUCCUUUUCUAAUCACACCCUGGGUAUCAGCGUUCAUUGUCGACAGUGUUGUCAGUGGGAUUGGGUGGCGCUGGGGUAUUGGCAUGUUCGCUAUCCUCAUGCCAUUUUGCGCCAGUUUCAUUAUUAUCACCCUGCUAGUCUUCCAGCAACGAGCGAAAUGCUCCGGACUCAUCCUAACCGAGAGGCUGAACGUCUACGACUUUUGUUCCCGAAUCGACCUUGGUGGCAUCAUCCUUCUUAGUGGUGGAUUUACCCUGGUGCUGAUCCCAAUCACUCUGGCCGCCACCACAACCAGCCGCUGGCAGACCCCAUGGGUGGAUGUCCUCAUCGCGCUGGGCGCCGUUGUUCUCGUAUGCCUUUACCCGUAUGAAAAGUACAUUGCGCGGCACCCGGUAGUUCCCGUGCGCUAUUUUCGCACCCUUUCGGUGGUCGUCUCGGUGGCUCUCGCUUGCAUCGACAAUAUCGGUUUUGGCAGCACCCACACUUACCUGUAUGUUUGGUCGAUGGUUUCGCACAACUUUUCCCCUCGCGAUGCCCAGUUCCUGAACUACACCAACUCGGUCAUGCAGGCAUUGGUUGGCAUGGGCACCGGACUGUUGAUGUAUCGCAUACGAUCGUACAAGUGGAUAGGAGUGAUAGGUGCGGUGAUCCGAAUGGUUGGGUAUGGGGCGAUGGUCCGCCUGCGCACCAACGAGAGCUCUGUCGCGGAACUGUUUGUCGUUCAGGUCGUUCAAGGAGUGGGUAGUGGCAUCAUUGAGACUAUUGUCGUCGUUGCAGCGCAAAUCUCUGUGUCCCAUGCGGAGCUGGCACAAGUCACCUCGCUGACUAUGCUGGGGUCAUUCCUAGGAAAUGGCAUUGGCUCGGCCAUCGCGGGCGCCAUUUAUACGGGGAAACUGCGCCAUCAAUUGCGAUUGCAUUUGGGUCCUGGUGUGAGCAUUGGCAAUGUAGAUGCCUUGUAUAACUCCAUUACUGGUACAUUGCCGGUCUGGGGGUCGAGUGAGCGUAAUGCUGUUAACCAAGCUUAUUCUGAUGUGAUGGGGUACAUCACCAUUGCAGCUCUGGCGUUUUCCGCCCCAGUGGUGGUUUUGGCUGUUAUUCUACCCAACAAGAAGCUCGGGGACGGUCAUAAUCUUGUGCAAGACAAGCAGCCCCCAAGGUCCUCCCAGGCAGAACUCGUCGACAAGGACCUUCGAGACUAG